CAAUGCUGUCAGAAUAGAUCUAGAAAGUUUCAGUCGUUUCAGUGAUCAUCUUUGUAAUAAUAUUUAAUUAAAAUUAUUCGUGCUCUCAAACAGUGAUUUUAUUUCACAAAAUCAUCAGAUAUUGAAACAUUACAAUGACAAGCACAAUAAAGUACGACUGGUACCAAACGGAUAGGGCGGUCACAGUAACCGUUUUGCUAAAAAAUGCUGCUGAAAAAAACUAUUCCGUAGCGCUCGAGCAAAACCAAAUUGUGCUCAAUGCCGACGGAAUCGAAACAAUCACGAUCCAUCUCUGGGACGCCAUCAAUGUCGAGCAAAGUUCGCACAAAGCCUUCCCCAGCAAGGUCGAGAUUAAGCUGUCCAAACUGGUCGGCCACCGUUGGGAAGCUCUGGAAAAACCCGAAGCAGUAAAAUCGGCAGCAGCCGAGUCGACAACUGCGAAGAAAAAUCACGAUUGGGACAAAAUUUCGAAGGACAUCGAAAAGCAGGAAGCGGAAGAUAAACCUGAGGGAGAAGCAGCUGUCCAGGAUCUAUUCCGAAAGAUCUAUGCUGACGCCAAUGAAGACACCAAAAAGGCCAUGAUGAAAUCAUUCUACGAAUCCGGUGGUACUGUUCUGAGCACAAAUUGGGCCGAAGUGGGUGCCAAGACCGUCGAUGUGAAGCCGCCCGAUGGCUGUGAGUUCAAAAAAUGGGAUUAGAGCGGAUAUGAUUCGACCAGUAAGUUAUUCAGAAUGCGUUUGAGUUUAUCUAAUUUUAAUAUGCGAUUGCUUCUUUUGAAAAACGUUCCAAUCAAAAUUAAAUAUUGAGAACAAAACAAA